UGGCUCAAAGGCGCCUGCAAAAACUGGUGGGGAGUCCGUCGUGGUCUGGGACAUCGCCAUGGCCACAGCUCAGGGCUUUGUGGAGUUCGCCUUGUCCCAAGAAGUUUUGAAGUUUGGGGAGUUCCAGUUGAAGUCGGGCAGGACUUCGCCCUACUUCUUCAAUGCAGGCUUGUUCACCACGGGGGAGGCACUGGCCAAGCUGGGGGAAUUCUAUGCAGAUGCCAUCGUGGCGUCCGGUGUUGAAUUCGAUUGCAUCUUCGGGCCAGCUUACAAAGGGAUCCCUUUGGGUGCUGCGGUGGCCAUCGCCUUGUACAAGAAGCACGGUCGGAGUGUGGCCUAUGCCUACAACCGCAAAGAAGUGAAAACUCAUGGGGAAGGUGGGCAGAUUGUUGGCACGCUCCUGCCGCGCGUGCUCAUCGUGGAUGAUGUGAUCACUGCCGGCACGGCAAUUCGUGAAUCCAUCGACCUCCUGCGGACCCAAAAGGAUGUUCGUGCGGUGGGUGUUGUGGUUGCGAUGGAUCGACAAGAGAGGGUGCAAGAAGAUGUGAAGGUGUCUGCGAUUCAGCAGGUGGAGAAGGACUUCAUGAUGCCUGUGAUCAGCAUUGCCAAGAUGGAGGAUCUUAUCACCUUCAUCGAUCAGCAAUACACCAAGGAUGAUCGUGCUGAACUCUUAGCACGAAUCAAAGACUACCGUGAACGCUUUGGGAUUUGAGAGUCAGAUGUUCUUAGCGUCGCACUUCUAGCUAGACAUUGCCUUUUCGAGCUCAAGGAGUGGUGAAACCACUCAAGGUAUUUGAGCAAUCCCGGGGUCGCGUGCAUCAGAAUGAAUUGCACAAGCUUUUGCUAGGGCUGAGAGAUAUUCUGAUUCUGAAACAGCUGUGGGCGAGCGUUUUGUGAUAUUGAUAUUGACGUGGAAA